AUGAGGACCCCCCCGCCUCCCUCCCCAGUUGAUGCCGCUUCGUCCACUGCCUCCUCCAAAUGCUCUCAUCGCCUUUCCUCAAGAUCUCGCCUCUCCGCUGCGUGCCCUUUUGUCUCUUACGACCCUGACCCUUCAGCGUUCUCGAUGCGCCAGUAUGAUUUUUCUGCAGAUGAUGCGCCUGUCCAUUCUCUAAAAUCUUCUUCUUCUGUUGUUGCCGCUGCCGCCGCCGUCACCUCCAUGCGCGAGUCCUUUGCAGAGCCCACUCCACCCCCCGAACAUUCACAUCAUCAUCGAAGACCGGGCCUACCGCCUCGUGGCCAGCGGCAGAGCAUGCACACCUUGGAGGAACUGCGGAAUCAAAUGGAAGGAGUCUCUGUCUUUCACUCCCGCUCCAGUUCUCACACUUUCUCCACCAAGCCUCCUCCGAUUUCAAGCCAUGAGAUGAAGUCGCCUCGCAAGGCCAAGAGAAGCAUCCGUUCCACCCCUUCAUCGCCCUCCAACAUCCCAGUUCCUCCGGCUUCGUUGAAGCCCAGCGGCCACCCUGAUUCCUCCUCCUCGUCGUGCACUGUCAAAUCGCCCAAGCGGACCGAUCAUUCUGAACUGUUGCCUUUCCAUUCCCACCCCCUUCAUCCUUGGUCGCGUCCAACCAGGGAUCGAAGAAAUAAGUCGCCGUCUGCCGCGUCUGAGUCUGCCGAAUUGAAUGGCUCGACAUGGCAGGACCCCUUCAUGUCCUAUGAUUCUGACACUGCGGCGGAUGACCCGAGGUAUCCCACCCCGAACCUUUACGAUAUCACUUUGGCGCUGAAUUCUGAGGCCGGUUUGGAUGCCUGGUGGUCGAAUACUGUGCGGGUUCUCCAUACCCAUUUUGGUGCUGAAAGGGCGGCCCUAGCAGUACCCGGCGAUAGUACCGACUUGGAGAACGUUCCAUGGGGUCAGAAGGCAACGUAUAGUCUCUAUGGCUAUAGGUCUUCUUCGCCGUCAGCUGGGACUACACAAGGUAGUUGUGGUGUAGAAGCGCCAUUGAAGGAUUCUCCUGAUCAAGAAACCGCCGAUAUGGACAGGGGACAAAAUAACAGUAUAUCCACGAAACCAAACGGACAUGUUCUCACGCCGUCUGAGAAGCGCCCCCCUGUUGUUGCACGUCAUUCCUUUGCUGGCUUCGGGGGCCCCGGAAAUGUAGGUAGCCGUGAUAAGAAUGUACGGCCAGAUGUACUCAAGCGGACGAAAAGCUCAUUGGGCUCUGCCAUGUUGCAACAUGGAACAAAAGGAGAUAAAGAUUCGACAGUGUUGGCAGAUCAUGCUCUCGCCUCAUCGUCUGACCAACGGCCCUCACAGACCUCGGUGGAUUCGAGAGAACGCACCCCUUGCCCAUCAGUGGCCGUUUUCCCCGUUCCACGUGCUUUAGAAGUUGAAUCAGACCCUCUAAUUCGGCGAACAGGUGUGGUGAAGCUCUUUGGGAGAACCAAGCCUGCCGUUUUAACGAGGCAAUAUUCUCACGAUCCGAUGGCGUCACCUAUAUACGACUCUGUCAUGAAGCAGGUAUCAAAGGAUGACACGCAUCAGACAGCAUCAGAUGUUCCAGUUCUUAGUGAACCUGCAACUUGUGAUGUAUCCAUAGGUCGAGUGAGCAUAUACUCUGCGUCAAGUACAAGUACGACUACACAGACCAUAAUGGAGUUACCGAGAACUUCUGCCGCUGACUGUAGUCGCAACGGGGCUUCUCCUCCUAGCUCCUCUUGUUCGGAUUCAUACGAAGAAUAUGAACAAAUUCCUCAGUCACCAUGGUCGCAAUCGCCUGCUCCAUCUCCUGCUCCCAUCUCAGAUCCAGAGAAAAACCCCUUUUUCAAUACCAACAAGGUAGAUGAGGAUGCCUUUGCUUCGAGUCCACCGUUGCGUGAUUAUUCCACAAACCAACCUAUCGAAGCCAUUGGCGUUGAUCGUGCUAAAACAAUCAUACACAUACCCUUGGUGCAUUCUUCAUCUUCGAAACAAUCCAUCUCAAACACAUUGAGAUUUCCCGUUGCUAUCAUUUCGGUUCUCACCUCAACCAUUCCUUACCCGGCAAACCUGAGAAAGUCUCUCGAGUACCUCCUUCCGCACCUUACCACUUCCUUUUGCCUGGCCCAGCAGUACAGCCAGCUUGAGCGGCAGCUAUCGACUUCGCGGACCCAGCGAUUCGGCCAUAUCCUUGGGCUUGGCGGGACCUUUUCCGAUGCCAGCAGCGAAAUGGAAUUGGUGGCAGGACUCAGCAACCACGUUAAUUACCCAUUGGGAGAGAACGUUUCAUUGCAGGCCCACUCAACCAUAUCGAGCCCGCUCCAGCGAUCGGAUACUAGCAGAUCCAAUUCCGCAAUUUCAGGGGUCAAUACUCCUGGGAUGGAAAUUGGGGUGGGCAUGCCCCGUGACAUUUACCUUACCCCGGGUUUACUGUCCAAACAAACUUCAGAAUACUCGGACAGUUAUUUCAAUCUCAAACAACAACCAGGCGGUAUCAGUAAGAUGAACCAACAAAGAAUGAGACAAUCAAAACAGUUGCGAGACCCUUCUACUUCACUUUCACCUCCCCUUGGGUCAUUGCGGGGUUCAUCUACAGAGUUCGAUGAAUUAACCUCUAGAGAUCCUGGUUUAGUACCCACUCCUCCAUCCAGGACUCCGAGCAUGUCUGCGUUACCGCAAGGGUUCUCGCGAUUUGCCUCACCAGUUUCGAUUGCUACACAGCUACAUCGAGAACUCCCACCACGACCGUUCCCCGAUACUAUAGCACAGUUGAUGCUUAAUUCAGUGCCACUACACCUAUUUCUGGCAAAGCCCCACACUGGAGAAGUCAUUUGGACGAAUGAUAAAUUCGAUUCUUACCGAACCAGUCAACCGCAUGAGCAACGUGCCAGAGACCCGUGGCUUGAUGUGCAUGACAGUGAACGCGAGAAUCUACUAAAACAGUGGGAAAAGGCCCUUCGAUCGGGGUCGCAGUUCACAGAGCGAGUUCGUGUUAAACGAUACAAUGACGAGUCGGCAUAUCGCUGGUUUAUUUUCCGUGCGAAUCCAUUACUGUCGCAGGCGGGAGAGCUACUCUAUUGGAUUGGAUCAUUUCUCGAUGUUCACGAGCAGCGCAUUGCUGAGAUGAAGGCAGCGCAGGAGAGGGAGGUAUUUGCUACGAACGCGAAAUACAAAGCGUUAGCAAAUUCAAUACCCCAGGUAGUGUUCGAGGCUGCUGAGUAUCAUGGGCUUAUCUCGGCCAACGAACAGUGGCAGCUGUACACGGGUCAAUCCCUGGAGGAUGCCCUUAACCUAGGCUUUGCGAAACAUAUACAUCGAGACGACCUUGAGAAAUGCGGUAUCUUACUCCCGCCAAACAUCAUCCCGGAGUCCGACAAUCCGAUCGAGUUUGGACGUAUCAUCAAUUCCCUGCGGGGUUCGGAACCCUUUAAUGGAACCCCUGAGUCGGAUUCAAGCGAGCUACGAAAUAAACGUCCAUUUUCUCGAACCAAUUCAUUCCAUGAUAAAAAUGGACGUUCAAAAUACCAAGGGCUAACGCAUGCGCUCCAUGAGCUUGUGGAAAAAGGUGUGGUCACCAUACAGAAAGAUGAAAACGAGAGGUAUUCGUAUACAACCGAAAUCCGGUUGCGAUCGAGAGGCGGUGACUUCCGAUGGCAUCUCGUGCGUCUUGUGAAAGUUGAAACGACAAGUUUUGGCGAUGGCGAGGCUUCCUGGUAUGGUACCUGCACCGAUAUCAAUGAUCGAAAACUUCUAGAACGGAAGUUGAAUAGGGAGAUGGAGUCGAAAACGAAAUUUUUCAGUAAUAUGUCCCACGAGAUCAGAACGCCGCUUAAUGGGAUCCUGGGGACGAUUCCUUUUAUUUUGGAUACGCAGUUAGAUAACGAUCAAAGACGUAUGCUCGAUACUAUCCAGAACAGUUCUACCAACCUACGUGAACUUGUCGACAAUAUUUUGGAUGUAUCCAAAGUAGAAGCAGGGAAGAUGAACAUGGUGCGGCAAUGGUUCCAUGUUCGCUCUGUCGUGGAAGAUGUGAUUGAUACGAUCGGGUCGAGGGCGAUAGAUAAGGGACUUGAACUGAAUUAUCUCGUCGAGCCAGAUGUCCCUGCAAUGGUGAUUGGGGAUAGGUUCCGAAUACGCCAGAUCCUUAUUAACCUGAUGGGAAAUGCAGUCAAGUUCACGUCACAGGGAGAAAUAUACACACGCUGUUCAAUCCAUCGCGACCCUUCCGUUCCUGUAAACGGAACAGAGAUCCUUUUGAAUUUUGAGGUCGUUGAUACCGGCAAAGGAUUUAGCUCUACAGAUGCCGAGCGUCUAAUGCAAAGAUUCAGCCAGAUUGAGGGGAGCGGCUCGCAGCAGCAUUCAGGAAGUGGGCUUGGCCUCUUCUUGUCCAAACAGCUCGUGGAGAUGCAUGGUGGGCGCUUGACCCCGACAAGCAAGGAAGGCCAAGGCGCCAAAUUCUCGUUUUUUGUUAAGGUUGAUGCACCUCCACCGCCACCGCCCCAGGAUGCAUCCAAUUUAAACCUUGAGGAUCGAUACCUUCAACCCAUAGACGAUAUUUCUUCAUUUAAGAGCCCAAACAAACAGGAAUUUCAUCUCACUCAAGAUAUACUAAGCUUGCAUUCAUCGACAAAUUCGGAUGUCAUGAGUCUACCCAGCAAGCAACUCUCUGGAUCGUCUUGGGGAUCAAAUCAAAUCAACACGCCACCAUCCUCUCGGAGUGGAGGAACUCCUUCGAAGCCUGAUCAGCCUAGCCAAAUCAUUCCCCUUGGUAUAUCAAGUCCCAGCAUGGCAGCGACUGAGGUUCUGGUUAGCAGUUCUUCCUCUCAAAAUAUCGCACCUGCGCUUCCUUCGUCAUAUGAUGUAUUGAUAAUAUGCCCCUUCGAUUAUGCCCGCGAGGCUCUAAAGCAACACAUCGAGCAAGUUAUUCCUCUCGAGGUCACCUGCAAAGAAACUGCGAUUCUCGAUGUCGAAGACUGGAAGGAUCUUGUUACUGGCGGUGAAUGUCCCAAGUUCUCUCACCUGGUAGUCUGCCUCCCAGAUGCCAACGACGUCAAGGAAACUAUGCAAAUCAUUAUCCAAUUUGGUUGGGAUAAUAACAACAUCAAACACAUGCCGGCCUUGAUCAUCGUCUCGGACAUCUAUCAGAAACGGGAGAUCAGCGAGGCCUACGACCGAUUCUGUGCCGCUGGAGGUAAAGGAUUCUUAGUUCCGAAGCCCGUGAAGCCCUCAUCGUUCUCGAGGAUUUUUGACCCGAGUAAUCAGCGAGAUCUUAGCAAUGACCGAAACCAGGAUAUGGCGCGGGAAAUUAAUAAUAGUUUCAAGACCAUGUCGAAGAUUGUUAAGGAGGUUAUUGGGAAUAAAGGAUAUCGGAUUUUACUUGUGGAGGAUGAUGAAACUAACCGGACGGUCAUGUUGAAAUACCUGGACAAAGUUAAAUUGGCCUCCGAAACAGCCGGCAACGGCCAGGAAUGCAUCGACAUGGUCUUUUCCAAAGAGCCCGGCUAUUACUCCUUGAUUAUCUGUGACAUCCAAAUGCCUAUUAAAAACGGCUACGAAACCUGCCAAGAAAUCCGCUCCUGGGAACAGAGGAACCACUUCCCGCAAAUCCCCAUCAUGGCGCUCUCCGCAAACGCAAUGAUGGACCAAAUCGACGACGCUUCGCGCGCUGGCUUCAAUGACUAUGUCACAAAACCUAUCAAGCACAAUGAACUUGGGAAGAUGAUGAUGGAGUUGCUUGAUCCCAGUGUUCCCCAGGUCCUGCUUAGGGAUCGAAAUAAAUAAUGGUGUUCGUCGCCGUCUUCACCCGUUGCAGCAGCAGUAGCAUUGAGGGAGGUGUUCUUGAAACGAUGG